AUGAACGCCCCUCUCAAAAAGAAACCCAUAAACCUCCUUCGGGGCUGGCCCUCGCCCUCCCUCCUGCCCGCAGCAGCCCUCUCCGCCGCCGCCGUCAAGACCCUCGCCGACCCGGCCGUCUACGUCCCCGGUCUCCAGUACGGACCGGACCCGGGCUACCAACCGCUCCGCGACGCCCUCGCUGAAUGGCUUUCGGCGUUCUAUCCGAUCGCGGGUGAAACGCCCGAGGAGACCCAGGACCUCCUUUCCGCGGCGGAGGCGAGUAACGACACUGCUGCCCUCCCGCACCACCCUCCCGACGUCAGCCGCAUCUGCAUCACGGGCGGCGCAAGCCAGAACCUCGCGUGCAUAUUGCAGUCCUUCACGGACCCGCUGUACACGCAGAACGUGUGGAUGGUCGCGCCGUGCUACUUCCUUGCGUGUCCCAUCUUCGCGGAUGCGGGCUUCGACGGGCGGCUGAAGGCCGUGCCGGAGGGUAAUGAGGGCAUUGAUCUGGAGUACCUGAGAAAGGGGCUCGAAGCCGCUGGGAAGGGAAACGAUGAUCACUUCAAACAAGCCAAAAAGCGAAAGCUCUACCGCCACGUAAUCUACCUCGUCCCAACCUGCUCCAACCCGACAGGCAAGACAAUGUCCCUGCGCCGGCGGUACGACCUCGUCCGCCUCGCCCGCCAACACGACGCCCUCCUCAUCGCCGACGACGUCUACGACUUCCUCCAAUGGCCCACGACACACGCCCCCACGGACGGCGACGCAUCCUACCCGCCGUCGAUGCGCCUCCCGCGCCUCGUCGACAUCGACCGCGCCCUCGGCGUGCCGCCCUCCGCAUUCGGCAACGCCGUCUCCAACGGCUCCUUCUCCAAGAUCGUCGGCCCGGGCGUGCGCACCGGCUGGGCCGAGGGCAGCCCCGCGUUCGCGUACGGCCUGUCGCAGACGGGGUCGACCUGUAGCGGCGGCGCGCCGAGCCAGCUCGCGGCGAUGCUCGUCGCGGAGCUGCUGGCCAGUGGGCAGGUGCAGCGGCACCUCGACGAGAAGACGCGGCCGGCGCUGGCAAGGCGGCACCGCGCGAUGAUGGAGGCUAUCGCGGAGCACGUGCAGAAGCCGCUGGGCGGGACGGUGGCGGUGCGGGAGAGCUCGUUGGAGGGGGCUGGGGUGUAUGGCGGGUACUUUGUGUGGUUCACGUUGCCGGAGGGGAUGUCGAGCCGGGAGGCGGCGGUGAGGGCUAAGGAGACGGAGGAGUUGGUUAUCGGGCACGGGGCGCAGUUUGAGGUGCACGGGGACGAGGAGGCGGCGAGGUUUGGGAGGGAGAUUAGGCUUUGUUUCUCGUGGGAGCCUGAGGAGGAUGUUGUGGAGGGUGUUGUACGGCUUGGUAGAGUGUUGAAGGCUAUGAAGGAUGGGGUUGAGUGGAAGUCAUCCAGUGCCUUGGAUGUUGACAAUGUUAAAUAG